GGAAACAUGGGGAAGGCGGAAGUGGGGCCUUGGCUCGGCGGCUGGAGCGUUUCGGCCGAAGGAAGGGAGGCGGCUGGGCGACCGCGCUGCUGAGCCUCCGCAUGACAUGCCCUUUUCCCGAGGCGUUCAUUCUCACGCCGCCCCCCCCUUUUUUUCCAACCACGGGGAUACCGAAGGACACUCCCCCCCACCUCCAGAAAAGCCGUUACCGGGGAAGGGCGGCCCGGCGGAACGGGUCCAGUUUACCUCGGCAGGAGCUGAUUCCGUGUCUUCGGCAGAAUCAAACUCUUGCCCGACACCCGCUUCCCCGUCCCCACCAUCCCGCUCGCGUUGUUAAGAGGUGUAGGUUGCUUUGCCAGCAGGAUUUGCCGGAGAGGAUGCAGAGGAAUCUUAACGGGUGUUAGGCAGGGCAAGUGCCAAAUUGUACAGGGGAGGGAGAGGUUUUUAUUUUAUUUUAUUUAAAGCCCGUUAGUCUCCGGUCGGCCUUGGGUGGGAGUGAAAAUCCGGUGGGUAGAGGAUAAAAUCAAAUAUAUAUUGUCUGGAAGUAUGGAAGAGCAGAACUAUCUCUAGGAUUACAGAGGUAUGCUGGAAAUUAACAUUUGGAGAAAAGAAUCUGAAGGGACGGUCAGCUAGGUUAGGGAACCUGGCCCAUUUUGUUUAAUGCUGCUGAAUGAAUAAGAAUCUCAAAAAUGAGAGUUGCUUAGUUUUCUGAAAGGCUCUGUCAGGCUUCCCCGUUGUGAAAAAUACCUUCUGACCCAGUGUUUUAUUUCUGUGGCUAUUGUUACUCAAAAUUUCUCCCCCACCCCUUUGUUACUAUGUUGUCAGAGCAAGCUCAAAAGUGGUUCCCAACUCAUGUGCAGGUCACAGUCCUUCAGGCCAAAGGUCUCAAGCCAAAGGGCAAAAGUGGCACUAAUGAUACAUACACUAUCAUACAAUUGGGAAAAGAGAAAUACUCCACUUCGGUGGCAGAGAAGACCCUUGAUCCAAUAUGGAAAGAAGAAGCUUCGUUUGAGCUGCCUGGAUUGCUGAUGGAAGGGAACUCUGAAAAAUACGUUCUCUACCUGAUAGUCAUGCACAGGUCUCUUGUUGGCCUUGAUAAGUUUCUGGGACAAGUGGCAAUUAAUCUAAAUGAUAUCUUUGAAGACAAACUGAGAAGGAAAACAGAAUGGUUUACUCUCGAGUCCAAGCAAGGAAAACGAACUAAAGACAGAGGCGAGAUAAAAGUCAACAUUCAAUUUAUGAGAAACAACAUGACAGCAAGCAUGUUUGACUUGUCAGUUAAGGACAAAACCAAAUCUCCUUUUGCUAAAUUAAAGGACAAAAUGAAGGGUCGUAAGACAGAUGGAACAUUUUUGGAUACAUCUUCAGCAAUCAUUCCAAGUACUAAUACCCCAGAAACUAACACUAUAACAUCCCUCAAUGAAUUGCAGUUAAAAUCAAAGCCAAAAAAGCCUUUUCUUUUGGGACCUCAACGACUCUCUUUGGCUCACUCAAUGUCUGAUCUAACUGGACCUCAGAUAAUUUCAGAUAAAAUUAAAUCGGAAACAAUUGGCAACUCUUACCUCUUCAGACGUCAGCUUGAGUCUGUUGGUUCUGAGGAUGAAGGUGGAAAUCUAAAGUCUCCACAGAGACGGACACUAAGUGCAGAUACCACUAAAGUGAGUCAACUGGACAACACAGGUGAUGACAGUGACUCAGCUUUUAUAGCUCAAGAUCCUUUUAUAAAUGUGAGCGCUUCAUUGCCUCAAAAGUUUGCCACGUUGCCAAGACAGAAGAAUCCAUUUGAAGAAAAUCCUUUAUCAUGGGGACACAAUGUGGGCUUAUUUUCAAAAUCAGCUGAAAUAAAAAAAGAGAAUAAGAAAGAGAAAAAGGAGAAGGUUAGUCUCUUUGAAAGAGUGACUGGAAAGAAAGAAGGCAAACGAUCAGAUAGACUUAGUAAUGGGGGAUCAGAAGGCUCCUCUGAUUUGAAAUCACCCAGUCCUUUUGCUGAAAGUCAUCAGGACAGCUUUGAUUUUGAUUCCACUAAUCCCUUUACUACAAACUUCAAGCCAAAAAAUAUGCUGCUAUCUAGUCUUAAUGUGAAUUCUGAAAACUCUGAAGAAUUUCAAAAAACAAUGGAUGGAAAUCCUUUUGAUGCUGCAUCAGGAUAUCGUAAUCUUACAUAUGAAGAGGUCUUACAGGAGUUGAUGAAACACAAAGAACAACUGAAGAAAAAAGAUACCCACAUUCGUGAACUUGAGGAUUAUAUUGACAAUCUUUUAGUACGAGUAAUGGAAGAAACUCCAAGUAUUCUACGAGUGCCAUAUGAACCUUCUCGGCGAGCUGGCAAAUUUUCAAAAACCUAAGCUAAUUCCAACACUCCUUGGUAUUAAUUAAGAGGAUGGAUUGCUUAGUCCAGUGUUUUGAUAUUGUAAAUUUCAUAUUCAUGUUUUGUCCUAAAAGCAUUUGACUCCAAAUUUAAGUUAGUAUUAGUUCUUGAAUCUGUAUAUAAACUCCAGGUUUUACAAGAUAGAUGUAAACUCCUUUUACUGCAGAACAUUCCUUUACCUUGAACAUGUACUUACAGGUAUGCUUUAUUUUCAAAAUAUUAUGGUUAGUUUGGAUAAUCGUGUACAAUAGUCAUCUAAUAUACAUACUUGAAUAUUUAUUUUGCACUUCAUUCAAACACUUUGGGAUUUUGCAGCAUGCUUCCAGAAUGAAUGUGCAUAGUCAGAAUGUGUUUUGCAGCUCUUAAUAUGAAGGAAAAUGUGAUGUACUUUAGGAAUCACUACUAAAUGAGGCAAUAAUACAUUUUUGCCCGAGGGGAUGAAGUAGAGCUUUUAUUACAUUUGUGCUCUUGAAGAAAUGUGAGCUUUUCAAAUGGCAAAUUCCAUAAUCUGUAUGGAUGGAACAGAGCUUAAUAUAUAAAGGUACAGCAUGCCAUUGGUUUAAGCACACAGAUGCAUAUUUUAAGCAAGAGAAAUAAAACAGAAGAAACUAGUGGAUAAUACCUCAUUUGUUUAGACUAUAAGAAGUAUGGGGAGAAAAGCUGACAGGAACUUUCUAAAUGUCAGCCAACGUAUACAUGUGUGUUUAGGGGUUUGCCUGUAUACACAUAUGCAUCAUUUGGAUUCUGCAAUAUUUGAGACGAGAUUGAGAUUAACUUGCUUGUUUUCUCCAAUAUAGGAAAUUAUUUUUUAAAAUUGAUUGCAAUUAUUUCAGUACUGUAUUCUGUGUCAGAGUCAAAUAUUGUCCUCUAUUAAAGAGUGAUGGACAUAGUGACUCAGCAUGUCUCUGACUAAAUAAAUUUAUGUGCAUUGCUGUGCAACUAUUUCAUAGUGGUAAAUGCAAUUCUAAUGGAAAAUAUUGCCAUACAGAAAAUAUUGUUUACUAUAUUGUAAUCCUUUAUUUUAUAAAAAUUCAGGCAGAACGAUUGCUAGUAUGAAGUGCAAAUAGGCUUAGACAUAAGGAGGAUGCAGUGUUGCGAAGAAUGAAAUGAUGUUUUUCUUCAAUUUUCUUCUUGAUUGUGUAAUGCACAUUUUUUCAUGGACAAACAUAUAAGCAUUUCUAUGGAGAAAAAUGGAAAAUAUUUUUCCUUUUUCAGAGUAAUAAUAAGUUUAAUUCAGAAAGUUUUGUUUUUGAUUAUGUAUUACUGAUUAAAACCCUUUUGUAACUAAAAUAGCUUAAUGUAUUAUCAGAAAGAGCAACAAUUCCUUGUAUUUUUAAAUUUUCUUAACCACAUUAAGCAGCAUAUUGUGCCAUGAACAGAGAUCUCAUUUGGAUUUGAAUUAUUAGACUUUGGUUUAUUUUGGGAGAUAGUUUGCAUACAUUUUUCCUCUAUAAUUCAAAUAAAGUACAAAUUCUAAGCUAUGCUAGCAUACAUUUCUAUGUUAAUAUUAACUUGUGCAUUUAAAAUAAGUGUUUAUUUUCAUAGUUUCUAUAGAAUAUAUUUUAAAAAUCAGUUGGUGGUUGAAAGGUUUCAGAUGUUGCAUAGUAACACAUUUAAUGACUUUCACUUACAUUAUUUAAAUUCUUGGGCCAUUGACAUUUAAUCUGAGAUUCCAUUAUAUUAAAUUAUUAAGUUCUCUCUACAUGUGUUUUUCAAAUAUACCAGAUGAAUGUAAACCACUUUAUAUGUUGGAAUUUUUAAUAUUUAAUUUUUAAAAACUUUUUAAGUUUUCAAAUUAACUUGGUUAAUCUUAAUAGGAAAUAUUAACAGGCUGGAGUGUAAAGUGUUUCUUAGAAUUAAAUAAAGUUAAGCUUUAUGAAGGGUUUUGUUUUUUGUUUUGCUUAAAUUCUCUACUUUUAAUUCCUGCUUGAUACAAAAGUGAGUUAAAGGAUGCUUUAAAUUUACAAUAGUUAAUUAUAAAAAUCACAAAAGGCAGCUAUGUUAAAAGACAUCAUAAAUAUAUUAAAUGCAAUGUAUAUAAAUAGCAAUUCUUUAUAAUUUAUAUAUUAAAUUUAUUAAUAUAAUUUAAAUACUGCUUUGUGAUCAACUUCUUAAAUAUCAAUUUCUUUAGGUAUAUAAUAACUGAAACUUCAAAAGAGGUACAAAAUUUCCUUUUAUAAAUCUUUUACAGAAGCAAGCACAAAGUACCAGCUAUAAUAUAAAUUAGCAGGGACCGCCUUUGAAAGCAUAAUUGUUGCGUCUACGUCUCUUUAAUGAUAUAGAGGGCAAUUUUGCUUUAAAUAUGAUGUUGGUGAAAUCACAGCCAGUAUUAAUGUGUUUUCAGAGCUUAUUAUUCCCUGCAAAGCAUAUAAUUCAUUAAUUUAUUUAAAAUAGAAUGCUGCUUUCAAUAAUAUUCCACACAAAAUAAAUUCUGAAGCAUUGUUUAAAAUCAAAUUACAUCUAUUGAAAUUACCUGAUGGUAAUAUUGGGAAAGCAUAUACUGUAUUUCACACAUUCUUGUGAUACCUUGCAUGAACAGUAAUUUCAGCUUAAUUACCAUUUUUCAUUGAAUAUAGAAUUAUCCAUAGAUUAUAGUUGGCUAAUCUAUUGUUGACCUUAAAUCUAGGGUUAUUUGUAAUGGUCCAGCUAUGAAAACAUUACCUGUAUUUUGUAGGCUUUUCAAUUGGAAUAAUAAUCUCUGUUAAGCAUUUUAAUGACUUCUUCCGUUCUGCCUUCAUUAAAACUUUUGCUCAGAUUCUUAAAAGAGAUCAAAUGUAUAUCUUAAAGUUAUUGCUGCACUGAAUAUUAUUAACAAUGUAAAAUGGCUAUCUAUCCAAAGGCCUGUGCACAAGUGGUGCAUUUAUAGAGUGUUAGGAAUGCAAAUAUAUGUAUUUGAAAACGUGUUUUAAAUAUGUUAAUUUCCUCCUGAUUUCAAAGCAAUGAAAAAAGGCCACAGCA